AUGGCAUUCGCUGUUCGUCGAAUUGUUUCUACUAUGUCUCUUCGUACUACCGGUGUUCUUCUUACGUCACUUUCACGUACUCCGGUACAUGUUAUUCGUUCUCUAUCAUUGAGUCCGAUACAUAAUAACUUUCCAAAUAUGGAACAAAUGAUGAAAGAUCUUUCAAAAAAUCCAAAAGCAAUGGCAUUAUUCAAAGCUAUCCAAAAAGAUCCAAAAAUUAUGCAUGUUGUACAAGAUUUAAUUACGGUAAUGACUAAAAAAGGUUAUAUCGAUUUAAAAAAUCCAACAAAACAACCAAGUCUUGCUAUGUUAACAGAUAGUGAAGUUCGUACGAAACUUUUUGAAUUAAUGAAAUUAUUAGCUGCUGCUGGUCUAUUUAAUACUAAAGCUGGUGCUAAUCCAAUGGAUGCUUUCACUAAUGUUAUGGGUCUUCUAAUGCCAUCCUCAUCGAAAGAUAAGAAAGGUGAUCGUCUAGAUGAAAGCAAACAAACUUCUUUACCAAAAUAUGAUUAUACAUAUGAUGCAACAAAAAAAGAUCAAUCAAAUGAAAAUACAACACAAGCAUGGACAGACAAACUUAAGAAAAUGUUCAAAUAA